AUGAAUAUAUUAAAGGAUAUUUUACCUGCAAGAUUUUUUGAAGUGUUAGAAAAAGCCGGCAUUUGUACACCAAAACAGAUUAUCGUACUAUCACAUUGGGAUAUUAAAAAGGCAACUAAUUUAUUAUAUGACGAUAUACUAUUACUUAAAAGCAUCGUUAGUAAUUAUUAUAGCCCAAUUUGUGUAACAUGCGACAAAUUCCAAAAAAAAACUUGUAGGAUUAAAACUGGUUGCUCAGCAAUUGAUAACUUGCUGAGAGGAGGUUUUCGAAAAGGGACCAUUACAGAAAUUUAUGGAGAAAGUGGUACGGGCAAAACACAAAUUGCUUUGCAGGUUGCUGCUUAUUGUGGAGAUAAAGGAAGUGUAAUUAUUUCUACUGAAGAUAUAUUUCCUGUUAAAAGAUUCAAUCAAAUAAAUAAGGCCAUCAUAAAUAGAUCAGAAAAUGCAGAUAGUGGGAAAAGCACAUUCAUUGAACAUUUGACGGAUUCACACGAACUGUUAUCCUGUGUAAGGGUACGUUUGCCAAUAUUAUUAAGCAAAAACAGAAUAUCAUCUGUUAUUAUAGAUUCUGUAGCUGCUCCAUUUAGAAGUGAACACACCAACUAUGUGCAAAGAGCAGAAGAACUUAGGGAGUUUGCAGUUACAUUACUUAAUUUAGCUCAAGAAUAUAAUAUGGCUGUAAUUUGCAUAAAUCAAGUGACAGCAUCUUUUGAUGGCUCUGAUGAUGUAUUACCUACUUUAGGACUUGUAUGGUCUAACAUGAUGUCUUAUAGGUUUAAACUUAGAAAAAUAUCUGAAACUAUUCAGAAUAAAGAUUCUAGCCAUCACAUCAAUCUCAGAGAGUUAACUGUUAUCCAUGCACCAGAUUUGCCAAGUGGUAUAAGUGCAAAACUGUUAAUAACAGCUAGUGGUGUGGAAAAUGUAAUUUAUCAU